ACCAAGUGGACCGUGCUGCACUCCCUGCUGAACUGCAUGAACUGCAGCGGCAGGCGGCAUCCAUCCUUGACACUAUGAAGAUCGCAUCUUUUAACAUCCAGAAAUUUGGGCUACAUAAAAUAUCUGACCCCACUCGUCUAUCCAUUCUUGUAAAGAUUGUGUCACGCUAUGACAUCAUUGUGAUUCUGGAGGUGGUGGACGUAAGUGGAAACUCAGUCGACAGGUUCUUGAAGGAGCUAAACAAGAUGAACCAGAAACACCCCUACACCUUGAAAAUAAGCAGCCGCUUGGGAAGGUCCAGGUACAAGGAACAGUUCAUGUUUCUUUACAGGGAUGGUUUGGUCGAUUUAGUGGGUUCCUACCAGUAUGAAGAUAACCAGGUGGGAGAUGAGGAUGCAUUUGCCCGAGAGCCAUAUAUUCUUCGCUUCACCUGCCUGAACACAGUGCUGAAGGACCUGGUGUUGAUCCCCGUACACACCAAGCCUGAUGACUCAGAGAAGGAGCUGGACGAGCUGUACGACGUCUUUCUGACCGUGAAGGAGAAGUGGAAGACUGAUAAUGUUAUGAUCCUUGGAGACUUCAACGCAGAUGGUGGCUACGUCUCCAAUAAGAAAAUGAAGGGAAUUCGUAUCCGUAGUGACAAGAAUUUCCAUUGGCUGAUUGGAGAUGACGUGGAUACUACAGCAAGUACAGGGAAUGCCAACAGCUAUGAUAGGAUCGUUGUUUAUGGAGAUGACAUGCUGAACGCUGUGGUUCCAAACUCUGCUCAACCUUUCAAUUUCCAGAAAGCAUUUGAACUGACAGAGGAAGAGGCUCUUCAUGUGAGUGAUCACUACCCUGUGGAGGUGGAGCUGAAGACCCGUGGACCUAGCGGCCAAAGUAAAGGUUCUGGAGACCAACACCCGGCCCAGGUGAAAACGAACACAGACGAUGAAGACGUGAUGGAACUGAAGAGAGGGAACCUUCUGUUGGAACGAGAGAAGCUUAAUUUGGAGAUCCAAAUGUUAAGGUUGCAGAUUACUGACCUUGAAGCAAAUAGAAAAUAACAAGCGCAGGCAAUUUUUUCAAGAAUAAAUUUGUAUGAUGCAGAUGAAGUGAUUGUUAUCAUUAAUUCAUGGAAAUAACCCUAAAAAAUGAAGGAUCACUUGCUAUUUUGCUGUUGUAGUUUUUAGCUCAGCAACAGUGAGAAAAUUUCAUCCAGUUACUGAACAUUAAGGACACAAAGGCACAGUAGUUACAAAACUUUAUUUCCAGGUUUUCUCAUUACAAUGACAACCAAAAAGAACAGUUGAAAGGUAACUUCUCCAUUCCAUUUUUUUUAAAUUUUAAAUUUUUUUUUUUUUU